UCCCACCUGUCUGGCGGUCUCCGGAGCGAGCUGUCUCCCGACUCUGCGCAUCCCAAGCAAACACUGAGGACAAGCAGUAGCAGCCCUUGCAAAGGCAGGAUCAGAACCAGGGUGCGCAGGCUAUCAGGCAGUGUGUGCUCUGCAUGCAGCGGUGAGUGACAUCAUUCUAUCUUUACAGCGAGGAUGAUGGGCUUCCGGAAGUUCUCCCCCUUCUUGGCUCUCAGCAUCUUGGUCCUGUGUCAAGCUGGCAACCUCCAGGCAGCGCCAUUCAGGUCUGCCAUAGAGAGCAGCCCUGACCCCACGGCGCUCAGCGAGGAGGAAGCGCGCCUCCUGCUGGCCGCCCUGGUGAAGGACUUUGUGCAGAUGAAGGCCAGGGAGCAGGAGCUGGAGAUGGAGCAGGAGACAGAGGGCCCCAGCGUCACUGCCCAGAAAAGAGCCUGCAAAACUGCCACCUGUGUGACUCACCGCCUGGCAGACUUGCUGAGCAGAUCAGGGGGCAUGCUGAAGAGUAACUUCGUGCCCACCGACGUGGGCUCCAAGGCCUUUGGCCGGCGCCGCAGGGACCUUCAAGCCUGAGCAUCUGAGAGACCCCUGGAAGAAGGCUACUGUGAUGCUGAACUCACCACUUCUAUUUAUUUUGUGGACAACAACUUGGUGAGAAGGCUCCGUGGAAGAUACACAUGUUUGCAUCCUAAUAGACCCUGAAAAAACAAAACAACAACAACAAAAACCCACCUUUGUCAUUUGAAAGGAAUGAAAAAGAAUGCAAAAUAAGUGAAUUCCAUAUUCGUUGUGCAUCAUUCUAAUAUUUUACUUUCUGUCCAGUAAAUGUGAUGGCAUCUCUCAUCGGCUUAACUAGUGGUAAAAUUGGUUCUUUGAGAGCCAACCUGUUGAUUUUAGCGGCUCUGCCAAGCCUUCGCGGGAAGUGAAAUCACUGCCUCUUGUGGCCCCCUGGGGGCAAAUGGUACAGGUGAUGCCGUGCCUUGUUGUCUAAGAAAAUGAUUGUAAACUUUGUUUAAGGCAAUGUCAAUAUUGUGCCAUUUGUGAACUUCAUCAAGAUUAAAGACAUAUUUUGGGUA